GUACGUCUUGUUUCAUCCUUUGGAGAAUUUGCAGUCGAGUCCCACUAAAUGAGCGGCAAUUCCACAAUGCCAGAAACGCCAUGUGUCAACCCCGCAACAGAAGGUCUGUAUAGGCUCAUUGCUGAUAACUGGUAGGUCGCCCAGCCGCUAUCAGCUGUCUACGGUAGCAUCACUACACGUGUAAACCGCCCAACUGUUAGACUUCCUCUGCAUCACCCCACAAUGGCACCCUUCCUCCGCAUGCCAUUUCGCUCACUCUCGGCCGACAAUCUUAUCUCCAGGGGCGCCGCCGGCCAUGUUUUCCAUAUUAGCCCAAACAUCGUCUUGAAGUGUCCUACCAAGUUCGACAAUGGCUUGCCCGAGCAGAUUAAGGAAAUGGAAGAGAGCAGCAAGAAAAUUGAGGCCGAGAAGGCGGUAUAUCGCAUCCUGAUGGAGCACCCACACCCAAAUAUCGUCCAGUGCAUCCUCUGUGUCCCGGAAGGCAUCUUCCUACGCCGAAUGGAAUCUACGCUUCAAGAACGGCUAUCCCAGUCUCGGAAGGCUACCAUUCCGGCCCGUACCCAGGAACGAUGGGUUCUACAGCUAACCAGUGCUGUCGCUUGGCUCGAACGUCUCGGCCUCGUUCACGGCGAUCUCCGGCCGGCCAAUAUCCUUCUUGAUGCAAACGACAAUAUCCAACUUAGCGACUUUGACGCGACCGUCAAGCCGGGCGCAGAACUUAUAGUAGCAAGCGAGCCUUUCUGCAAGAUGGACGAGAAUUUCGAAACGCCGCCUGCUGGUCCGGUCAGCGAACAGUUCUCGCUUGCCUCGUGUAUCUACACCAUCCGAUUUGGACACUGGCCUUGGCACGAACUCGAUCCCCGAGCUAGGGGUGAGAAGCUGAGGAGGAAUAAGUUUCCGUCGGUUUCGGCAGAUAUAGUCUUUGGCGACGUGACGACGCGGUGCUGGCACGGCGAAUAUACAUCCAUCGCGUCUGUCCAGCAAGAUGUCCUCUCCCGGCUUGGACGGAGUAUUGCUAAAGACGAAGCUUUGAUGCAAGUAGCCAUUGAGGAAAUUGCUACGCAGUAUCCUCUGCUGAGAGCUGAAUGUGAGAGAUUCGUGGCAACGCAGGCGCGGGAAAGAAGCUCCUAGAAAAGGAAAACUGUUAGACGUUAGCUUACCAUAUCGUGUAUGAUCUAGCCUAUCAUGUUCUGUACAAUGCACCCCCGUUUAGAUUCGC